AUGUCUUUGAACGGUGCAAGCACUGGUAAGGCUCCUGUAGGACAGGACCCUACCUCCCAACGCGACCCAAACCGCGGUUUAGUCAAGGUCCAGCCUGCUCGCUUGGGAGAUCUGCAGCCUAGAUAUGCCGCCACAAUUGAGCAUGAUUCGGAAAACCCCGAUGCGCAUGGAUGGUACUCUGAGAUGAUUCAUAAUCUGGGCGCAUGCAUCGGUUUCUGUGGUGCCAUUCCCUGCUGUAUCUGUUGUCCCAACCCCUUCAAGCCUGUCGAUCAAGGUCAAGUUGGUUUGGUCUCUCGAUUUGGACGCUUCGAGCGAUCCGUCGAUCCCGGUCUGGUCAAGGUCAACCCUCUCAGCGAGCACCUCACAACUGUGGAUGUCAAGAUCCAGAUCGUCGAGGUGCCGCGCCAGGUCUGCAUGACCAAGGACAACGUCACUCUGAACCUGACCUCCGUUAUCUACUACCAAGUUACCUCCCCACACAAGGCCGCGUUCGGUAUCUCCAACGUCAAGCAAGCCCUCGUCGAGCGUACCCAGACUACUUUGCGCCAUGUCAUUGGAGCUCGCGUCCUUCAAGACGUGAUCGAGCGUCGCGAGGAGAUCGCCCAAUCUACAUCCGAGAUCAUCGAGGAAGUUGCCGCUGGCUGGGGUGUUCAAGUCGAGUCGAUGCUCAUCAAGGAUAUCAUCUUCAGCAAUGAUCUCCAGGAUUCACUCUCCAUGGCUGCUCAAUCCAAGCGUAUUGGUGAGAGCAAGGUUAUCGCCGCUCGCGCCGAAGUCGAAUCUGCCAAGUUGAUGCGUCAAGCUGCGGAUAUUCUUUCCUCUGCUCCUGCUAUGCAGAUCCGCUACCUCGAAGCCAUGCAGUCCAUGGCUAAGACUGCUAACAGCAAGGUUAUCUUCUUGCCUGCUAUGAACCAGACUGUGCAACAGCAGCUGCUUACGGCUGAGAAUGCCGGAGAGGGUCCUAGCACUCAUGGUCAGUCAAACAGCCAGUUUGAUGAUGGAUUCCAGCAGGCCAUAAAUGCGCGCGUGGUUGAGAACAUUUAA